CCCCGCGCCUGCUCACUCACUUGCCCGCUGCUGCCGAAUUGAGCCGAAGAGGUGGGGGCGUUCCCCAGACCAUGGCAUCGACCGAAGGUGCCAACAACAUGCCCAAGCAGGUGGAGGUGCGAAUGCAUGACAGCCACCUCAGCUCGGAGGAGCCGAAGCAUCGACAUCUGGGGCUGCGCCUGUGUGACAAGCUGGGGAAGAACCUCUUGCUGUCUCUGACGGUUUUCGGUGUCAUCCUGGGGGCAGUGUGUGGAGGGCUGCUUCGCCUGGCAUCUCCCAUCCACCCUGAUGUGAUCAUGCUAAUAGCCUUCCCCGGGGAUAUACUCAUGAGGAUGCUAAAGAUGCUCAUUCUUCCCCUAAUCAUCUCCAGUUUAAUCACAGGGUUGUCGGGCCUGGAUGCCAAAGCCAGUGGGCGCUUAGGCACCAGAGCGAUGGUGUAUUACAUGUCGACCACCAUCAUUGCUGCCGUGCUCGGGGUCAUCCUGGUCCUGGCCAUCCACCCUGGGAACCCCAGACUCAAAAAACAGCUGGGGCCUGGGAAGAAAAAUGAUGAAGUGUCCAGCCUGGAUGCCUUCCUGGACCUUAUUCGAAAUCUCUUCCCUGAAAACCUUGUCCAAGCCUGUUUUCAACAGAUUCAAACAGUGACCAAGAGAGUGCUGGUGGCUCCUCCGACCGAUGAGGGCAAUGCAACCAACGCUGUGGUCUCCCUGCUGAACGAGACUGUGACGGAGGCACCUGAGGAAACGAAAGUGGUUCUCAAGAAGGGCCUGGAGUUCAAGGAUGGCAUGAAUGUCUUAGGUCUGAUAGGGUUUUUCAUUGCUUUUGGCAUCGCCAUGGGGAAGAUGGGAGACCAGGCCAAGCUCAUGGUCGAAUUCUUCAACAUCUUGAAUGAGAUCGUAAUGAAGUUAGUGAUCAUGAUCAUGUGGUACUCUCCCCUGGGUAUCGCCUGCCUAAUUUGUGGGAAGAUCAUUGCAAUCAAAGACUUAGAAGUGGUUGCUAGGCAACUGGGGAUGUACAUGAUCACGGUGAUUGUGGGCCUCAUCAUCCAUGGGGGCAUCUUCCUCCCCUUGAUUUACUUUGUAGUGACCAGGAAAAACCCUUUCUCCUUUUUUGCUGGCAUUUUCCAAGCUUGGAUCACUGCCCUGGGUACCGCUUCCAGUGCUGGAACUUUGCCUGUCACCUUCCGUUGCCUAGAAGAAAAUCUUGGGAUUGAUAAGCGUGUGACCAGAUUUGUCCUCCCAGUUGGAGCAACCAUUAACAUGGAUGGUACAGCCCUUUAUGAAGCAGUGGCCGCCAUCUUUAUUGCCCAAAUGAAUGGUGUUGUCCUGGAUGGAGGCCAGAUUGUGACUGUGAGCCUCACGGCCACGCUGGCGAGUGUUGGUGCAGCCAGUAUCCCCAGCGCUGGACUGGUCACCAUGCUCCUCAUUCUGACAGCCGUGGGCCUGCCGACAGAGGACAUCAGCCUGCUGGUGGCUGUGGACUGGCUGCUGGACAGGAUGAGAACAUCAGUCAAUGUUGUGGGUGACUCUUUUGGGGCUGGGAUUGUCUACCACCUCUCCAAGUCUGAGCUGGAUACCAUUGACUCCCAGCACCGAGUGCAUGAAGAUAUUGAAAUGACCAAGACUCAGUCCAUUUAUGAUGACAUGAAGAACCACAGGGAAAGCAACUCUAACCAAUGUGUCUAUGCCGCACACAACUCUGUCAUAGUAGAUGAGUGCAAGGUGACUCUGGCAGCCAAUGGGAAGUCAGCUGACUGCAGUGCUGAGGAAGAACCUUGGAAACGUGAAAAAUAAGGAUAUGACUCUCAGCAAAUUCUUGAAUAGACUCCCCGGCGUGUCUUAUGGUAAAAGAGGAUAUAAACAAGCUUUCUUUAAAAAGGAAAAAAAAUGCAUAUAUUUCUCUGUUUACUUAAUCUGUUAGCUGAGGCUUAGAGGACCUGUUGAGUCAGUGGUAGGCACGGUGCGUGUCUUUGCCAAAUAAUGCUUUGUAACUGUCUAAUGUUGUCACUUGUAUUAUCGUUUGAUUGGAUGCGGCUGGAGGAAUUGGUUUGAAGUGAAGACACAUUCUUGCCAGCUUCCCUUUUCUCUCAGGAGGCAGAACCGUGGGUGUUCUUUUCCCAGGAGACACUACUAAAGCAGCAUGGCACACCCCAGUGGCUUGGGGCGAUGAGCAGACACUCAGUGUGUAUUCCUUCCAGUGUUUUCCAUGCCUCACCUUGUGAUGCACAUGAAAUUGUUAGAAGCCUCUAGACCUAAUUCCCCUUAAAUGUUUGGUAAAUGCAAGUACCUGUCUUAGGGAAACUUGGAUCAUACAGUAUAUUCCUUAGAGCAGAUCUUCAAAGAGAGUCUUAGUGGCAGCCAUACUCAAAAGGCAGCUGAUUAUGGCACCCGUGGAAUCUCUCCCCUGCCCUUUGUAGUUCCAAAGUGUGUUUCAUAAUUUGUUCUUCAUUUGAUAAUGAAUUAGGAAGUAAUUUGCAUAUAACCACCUUAUAUAUAAAAAAAAAGGGAACACAGUCAACGUAAAUUUUAACAACAUUCUAAUACUCAAAUUUGUCUCUAUUUGGUUUGCAUUCACCAUUCGUAGUGAAAUCAAGCUCUGAAGUUAUUUGAUCUAUGCUUCACUUUCUUGGUUUCACCCAUCAAAUUCUUGUUUGGGUUUCUAACAUAAAAUUCAAUUUUUAAUCCCCCAAUUAUUUCCAUCGUAUUCUCAUCAACCUUGAAGGCCUAAUCAUUUUACUCUCCUCACACAUGGAGGAGAGUUGUGUUGACUGUUUCUCUUUUGAUGCCAUUCUCUUGAUAAGAAGAAAAAUGAAACAUGGUUAUCCAUCGAAUAUGUAGAAAGCUAUUUGUUACAUUAUAUCAAAGCACAUUAAAACCAGUUGCAGGACACAGCUGGAAGCAGAUCCAAUCUUCCUCCUAGCUCUCUCUAUGGAAAGGAAUAGAAAACAAGUAUAUGUGCACAAUCCUAUAAAGGUGACAUUGCUAUAGCAAGGUCAAGGCAAACUUGAACCAUGAAGCAGGAACAAGAGAUGGCUGUACCCAACAUCAUAGAUGGAAUCUUUUCAAGGCUGUGAAAGUUGGAGGGACUGAACAUAUCCUUGGAGUUGGCACAGUGCCUUGCAGACUGUGGGUAAGCAGUGGAUCCUGAAUGAUUAUGCAAGCUACAUUUGUUAAUGUCUCUACUAUUAUUUUUUAUGGAAUAACUCACAGUAUUUUUGUAAGGUUGUUGGGUUUGGGAGUUUGUUAAGGACUUGAACCUGAAUCAUUGAGACAUAAAGCACACUUGCCUCUAAGAACUAUGUAGAACCACAUGAGAGUGGGGUAGACAUCUGAGACCAGCAGACAAAUGCUGAGAUUUUACUGAAGAGUCAUAAGACCAGAUUCUCUGAGGAGGGUGUGUUUAUGGACUUCACAUACCCUUUCUUGUUAUCCCUUGUGACAAUUUUUACCAAAUCAUAUACCUUUGGAACAUAUAAGAGACAUUAGAUUCCAUUUGUUUUUGCCUCAUUAACCUUGUCUUUUUUUUUUUUAAAUAAGGAUCACUACUAAUCAGUAUUAAGCAGUUUUUUUUUUUUUCUUAAUGACAUUGGUCUUCAUUUUUACCAGAUGGUCAAGAACAUAGCAGUGAAAAUAACAUCCUUAUACCAAAUGUUGUGGGUCAAGGGGACAGUUCCUGGAUUUAGUUGUGAAGCUGCUGAGGAUGGGCUUUGAGUUGUGCUUCCAAGAGCUUUUUAUGGUGAGGAGAAGGACCAAGGCGAGGUAUCUAGAAUCCUGUGUAUUUUGCCAUGGCCAGCUUAGCACUUGUGCAUGCCAACAUGUUUCUUGCAGGAGUGGUUCCAGGUCGGUCUCCCCAAGACUGACUCCAAGUUUCCCAGUUUUCUCUGUCUUCAGCUCUUCCUAAAAUACAUAAAGGGACAAUGCCUUUGAAAGAAAUAAGGUGCACAACUUAACAAACAGGUUUUUCUGGUUUGAGACUAUGCAAUGUUUCAAGAGAUUAAAUAGACUUAGGAUUUAUAUACAUUUAUCUGUGAAUUCAAUAAAACCCCAACAUUUAAAAGACCAAUUUCUCAAAUUCAGGAUUAGCCUGAAAUUGCAGGGUAUAUGUAGAACUGACAUGUAUGACUGUGUCAUCUGUUUUUUUAUAGGUCCCAGUAAUUCUUCUCAUGCCAUGUCCAUUGAAGUUUUCCUCACCCAGUAUAUAUGUGCCAUAAACAGAGAAAAAAUAUCCAGAGUAUACCUCUUACAACUUUUUUCUAAAUAGGAUUACCUGAUAUAUAUAUAUAUAUAUAUAUACAUAUAUAUAUACACACACAUACAUACACACACACAUAUGGAGAGAGAGAGAAAGAGAGAUAUUGAUCUGAAUAGGGCCAGCAGAGAUAUGAAUGCUUAUAAUAAUCCAUUAAUAUUUGAUAAUGCAAAAACAGAUGCAUUGCGCCCUCUAAGGUAUGUAAGUCAGGACUUUGGCAUUACCAUUUUGUUGUAGACUCAUUCACUCAUUUUAGGAAUCAGAAUCAUUUCAGGAGAAAACCAAGUAAGUAGACUUCAAGCCUCCUUUCUCACUUUUUGCCUGUUGGGAAACCCUGGCGGAAUUAUUAUUUGAUUACCUGUUAUAAUUUCAGUGAAUCAAAUCCAAUGAGUAAGAAGAAUAACUUUAUCUUUCAAGGUAAGAAUUUACCUUAGAUCUUUGCCUCCAGACAAAGAGCAAUCAGAGAAUCAGGAGAUGGUCUAGAUCCCAUAGACCUUCUAUAUAGAGGCUUUCAGUGAAGAGCUCUGAAGUAAUUGUCUAUUGGUUUCAAUUAUUUUCUUCCCAGUGGGUGUGAGAAUAUGGUCUAUCUUCUUGUUGCCUGUGGAAGUGACCAUGUGCCAUUAAAGAUAAAUAUUGACUUCUCUCCAACUACUAGUCAGCUUAGAUAUUCAUGAAAGUCAACAGGGCACCCAGAUUCCUACUGGAUCCUGAAUUUAGACUGGUAGGAGGUGAGAAAGGGUUAGGGGGAAUUCAGUUCAGGGGAUGAUGUACUGGUAGGUGAUGACAAGAAUCCCAAUGACCAGUUGAACACAGGACCUCAUGCUUGAACAAGUAUAUUAUUUGCAAGCAUAUCUAGUCAAGAAGCUCUUUGGGAGUUGGGUAACUCAUCUACUGGGCCCCCCCAAAAAACAUGUUUUUGCAAAUAUCACACUUCCCUUUGUUUCCAAAAGCAAAAGUUGGGGUACAACUUCACUUUUGUCAGAACCAAGACUUCUAUCUGUUCUGUAUUUUCCCUGAAACUAUAGCAAUAAAUCCAAAUAGAUAUAUACUGACUCAGAGAUCAUCUUCUGUAGUUCAGGCUCUGGACAAACAAGUCUCAGCAGCUCUUAGCUGGAUGACUGUAAGUACUCAGCAGUUACACCCAGUGAAGGUGGUUCUUCACGUUUUUCUGGGAAUCUUAGCUGCUCUUCAACUCUUAGAGCCAUGCAGUUGUCUGAGGUUGCUUUGCUUUUAUCCAAAUGAAUUUACUCUAAGCCAAGAAAAGGACCAAAUGGAAUUUUUCAGCUUUUGUAGUAUUUGCUCUUUGAAUAAGAAUGUGGGGGUCUGGGAACCUAAGAAGAUUAAGUAUAGAGCCUGAAGGUGUUCUGAAGUGACAGUUUUGCAAAUCUAAUUGUCAAAGAAGAUGGAUGGUCUUAGUAUCUGUCAUUUCUAGCUAAAACACAGAAAAGGGCCACUGAGUGCCAACCAAGACAGGUUGGCACUAGAGAUUGUCUUCCUUGGGUGGAGUGAGUUUGAAGCUGCUUGUGUCACCUUUGCUUAUGAUUUUCCUAAAAUACCCAGUUGCCCACUUGUUCUCCUCUGUUCUUUAUUCCACUUAUUAUUGUUGCUGCUUAAAAGACGUUUUAGUAAACAACUGUACAAAUUAGUGCUGGUUGGUUUAGAAGAGAAAAAGGGAAUUUAAUUAAAUAGUAUCUAAUCUCAUAGCAUCAAUAGGUGAUGACAUGGCAGUUGGGUAGAGGAAACAGGUCACAGAUUCUGCCAAGCUUUGUCUGUAUAACUUACACAAGUCACUUUACAUGCCCAAGGCUUGUUUCUUCCCAUACAUAAAAUGAAGGCAUUGUUCUGAAUGAUUAAAACCCCCUUCCAACCCUAAGAACCUAUGACAUUGUGAUCUCUGUUUUAAUCUCUUCUUAUAUAUUAAGUUGAGGGGCCCAACAUAAUGCAUUCUCAAUUUGGAUUUUUUGCAUCCUCUUUAGGGAAAGUUACUUUCAAGUCUCUCCUAAUUCGAUGUUUUACAACAAACUUAGAAGAUGGCCUUGUUAAUCCACAGUUUGGUGUUGGUGGGACGCAGAUAUCCUUUAUAAAACUGCCCUUUGCUUAAACUCACUGUCUUACUAGAAAAAUAGCAAUUCAGCUCAGGGAACAAUGCCACAGGAAUCUCCAUGAGGAGAUAGGACAAGUCUGCAGCUUCCCUUAAGGUCUUGCAUCAUGCCUGCUAUGGCAACAGAGCCCACGCCAAUGCCCACAACACACAGUUUUCUCCAAACAGUCCCAAUUACCAACCCAGUAUGGGAAUUUGGGAGCCAUUGGCAAAUUGUCUUGAAUGUGCUUAUGAAAUUUGGUGCAAGACUUACACAAUAACAGCAACUGGAAAUACCUUCCCUCUCUGUCUCUCUGCCUGUCUGUACACAGACACGUACAUCUACCACUCGUGAGCUGGACCAAGUCCUCUCGCUGAAGAGUGAUGCAGGGAUAUUUGAUGGAUUUCCUUUUCAGAUUUUCCUCUUCACUUUUGUUGUGGCCAGCACAUCCCAGGUAGAGAAGCUCUUUCUUAUAAGAAAGGAGGGCUGGCGCUCUUUGACCACUUCAAUGCUGGAGAAGUUUCUAGGUGGAUAAAAUGCAUGGUCUGUCUGUAAAUGUAGGGGUCAUGAGUCAUGGCUUUUAAAUAAUCUCUUGCAGUUUCUGGUAUUUCUGCAGGAAGCUGCUGCUUGCUGCCUUACUAAAUGCAGCCUACCCUUGCCAGAGAAGACUUCAGUGCUUCAGAUUUGGAGGAGAUGUUAGGCCAGACUAGGGUUUGUGUUAGAAAAAAAAAUGUUGAGUUCAGAAGACAAUGCAAGAGCAGCAAGAAAAAGGCUAUCUUACCCAUAAAAGAAUCUAUGGAGAAAUAAGACACUCCUGCAUUUUUAUUUCCAUUCACUGUAAUAUCCUGAAUAGUUAUUGAUCAGUUUUUUCUGUGUCCAACCUUGCUUCACCUUCCUACCUCCAAACCAAGUAUCCAUUUUGAUAUUUUUAUAAGUCCUACUGUUGGUAAACAGGGUCCUUUUGUGCUGAGACUACAGAGAGCUACUAGAACAGAUCCACUGCUUUGCAAAGCCAGCAGGUGACCUGGAGCACAGGUAGCAACAGGUUCCCAGUUACUCUAGAGACACCAUGGAUCCUUGGGUGUGUGUUGGAAUGCAACAGCUGUCACUCCUGCCACUGUCCCCUGCGGAGAUGGGGCUGAUGCAGUUGGAAUGUCUCUCCUCCUGGGACUCUGAGUCUUCUCCUGGCAACCAUUUAACCAACCUGCAAAGGGCCUGCUGUCUAUGGUGGAAGAAGGUUGGUCUAGCACAUCUCUGGGGGUUCUCCCCAUGGAGCAAAUUCUCUGAGAUGUGUCACCAGAAAGCUGGCACUCUGGUUGCUUAAUAUUCCAGGAGAGUUAUUUUCCUUACUAGGAACCCUACCUUUGGCAUCCAGAUUUUACACAUUACCCUAAUUCCCCCCUUCUCCUCUCCCUGGGAAACCUGGGCAUUGCACCCCCAUGUUGCACAACACAGAUCAGAUUAUCUGGUCACUAUAGAGAUUUGUAUAUAAAAAACUAAUUUUGUGAGAAUUUUUGUACAUUGUUUUUCUAUUUGUUUUUUACAGCUUGAGGAAAGAGCUAGCAAACUGUGAAUCUAAUUUGAUCUUGCAGUCAGCAGAUAUAUUUUGGCUUCCUGGUAAGAACCUAUGUUACUGGGAAUGAAACAUUGCUCUCUGAUCAGUAUUGCACCCCAAACUCACAAAUUUCUCCAGCCCAUUCUUAUAUUCUUCUUAAAUCCCAGGGUUUCUUUGUUAUUAUUUAUAAAGAGCAUGAGGAAUGUAUUUAUAGUCUUGGAUGUUAUAUGUUUGAUAUUACGUUAGUCUUUAAUAAUGUUAUAGGUUUGUAUCUAUUCUUCAUAAUUCAUAAAGAACUCAGUAUAGACUGAACGAAUCUAUUUAGUAUCUGUAAUUUUGCAGACAGAUAUUUUCGUAUGGUGUUUUCUAUAUAAUCACAGGUGUAGAAUGAUAACUCAUACAGAACAGGACAUUUCUACAGCAAUUUAGAGUUGUCAGUUCUUCCCUGAGCAUAUAGCCACAUUCAAAAGAUUUAAGAACCUAGUCCUUUGUGAUGCAAUGAACAAAAUGACCAUAAAGAACAGGAAUCCUUUAAAUCCCUUAGCUAGCUAGAAUGUGCAUUUAAAUAAUUAGUCUUUUUAAUUUAAGGAACGGUACUGAUGCCUCUGUUUAACACCAGACCUUGCUUUUCCAGUUAAGCAUUUAAAAUUUCACUUUUUUCUCUAAGAAGAUGAAAACCAAGGUGAUGAUAGUGGGGUCAAUUCUGUCUCAGAAUUUUCUAUGCCUUCCUAAUUAUUUAUGUGACCAUCGAACUAGGAAAACUCUUAGUAACAGAGACUGAGGGUGAUGCUAGGAAGCAAAUCAGGACGGAUUUGUUGCAGUUCAUUUUUGCCAAGCACAUUAGUGGUAAAUGUCACAUUGUAAUGUGAAUUGAGCACAUAUUUUUAAUAAAAAAAUUAUUAGUACCAGCUGUGAAGCAAUACUCAUCACUGGGACUGGAGGUGGAGGCUUAGAGUCACACUGAAAUUGUUUAGAAGCAGCCCAGGUAGAUUCUGUCCUCAGGUGAAUAACAAUCUAUGUAACUUCCCCAAACGGCAAAUCAUAGCCACUGCAAAGACAAGGGGGGGUCUUCCUCCCGCCACCAAACACACUUCCUGAAAUGGUUGUAGGGCUCCCAUAUUUGCCACUUGUGUAAAAAACAAAAAAGUUACAUAGGAAGUGUACUAAUAUGUCUUUAAACCCUACCCGAACAGAUUAGAUGUGCCCUUAGCUGGCAAUGAUGUAUCUGUGGUUUUCCAGUACAGAUAGCUGUCAAAGCAUGAAGUUCUUAUGUGUGCACAGUAAUGCUUGGUUCACGCAUGAAGAACAGUGCCUAUGCACUUGUGUGGCUAUAAUGUAGGUAUCUAUGUGUAAUUUCAGUGAAAUGGUGUAUAGAUGUUUCAUAAUUUAAGUUAAAUGUUAUUUUUGGCUGUUCAUCGAAAUGCGGUAGAUAUGUUGGUUGGUGUUUUUGAAAACCUUUCUUUUCCUCCUUAGAUACAUAGUAGUGAAUCUUUUCCCCUCUUCUUUGCUGUGACUUGAGGAUGUAUAUCAGUGAAGAACUUACCUGUGAAUCCUGUGUAUUGAUGAUUGAAAAUCUGUGUGUCCGCAUCUUUGUAAAUAAACAUUUCAGAGCAGGCAAGGGUUAGAUGUGCGUUCUGAUUCGUAGCGAAAGGUCAUAUGAUGCCUGUGCACACACAGCAGUGAAACUUCUGAUUAUCUCGGUGUAGGUAGGUUUAGAAUGAGGACCUCUCCUUACGGUUCUCCAUGGCUUGGUGGAUUGGACUCUGAGAGACAAAAGGUUAACCUGUUACUGCGUGUGGUUGAAUCAUGUCCUGAGGUCUGCCUCUUUGGUUGCCAAAUACUGAUGAGGAUGCUCACAACUUAGAGGUUCUAAGGGGCCCUGUCCUCCUUGCUUCUUGAGUCAGGUCAAUAAUUGGUGAAUAGCUCUAUUGACUGUCAGUCACUGGCUAACAUCCAUGCAGGUCAAACUCCAUAAAAGCACAGUUCUGCUAGAAACCUGCACAGUCAUCUGUAGGAAGAUAGAGCUCUAGAAGUAAAGGAAUGGUUAGUGUACAUCUUGGUGUGCAGAAGGGCAACUGAGGAAGAACAGAUCCCACCUAUGUUGGAAUAUGACCUUGACCUGGUAGGCUCUGUGUGCGUGUUGAGUGGUUGAAGAUGUUCACGAAUGCAGUUGUACAACUGUCUCUUAAAACACACACUCUCUAAUUAUCCCGAAGUGGAAUGCUGUGAGGUCUAUAGUCCCUGCAUCCCCGUUUCCCCUGCAAGGACAAGAAAGGCCCUGUGCAGUGGGGAACACUGUGUGUCCCUCUUUUCACAUGAGCUCUCCUGAGGGCACAAAGCACAUUAAUUUGCAGUGACUUCUCGAACAAUCAGAAUAAGGGGAUGUAAAUGGUGGACAAACGCAUUUUCCCUUGAAAAUGUGGCUUCUUCAACGCCAGUCAAAUUUAGGUUGGAAAAUUUUACUGAAAGAAAACUGGCCUUUAGGCAGGAUUCUCUUUGAAGAUUCUUCUAUGUCCAGAAUGAAAGGUAAUUGUUUCUCUUCAUUCACAAUCCCCAUUGGUCUAUAGUCACGUAGCAUAGAUUAUCUACAGCACAUAGUGUUUAAAGACUAAUGAAUACAGAAAGAUAAAAUCUUCAACUAAUUUUUGGGUUAUUUCUUACCUAUGGACUAGUAACCGCCUUGUUGGCAAAGCACAUUUUGGGUAAUCAAGGUCCUUUGUUUUCACCUUUAGCUUUCUAAGCUUUCUUACAAUGUGGACUGAUGACUGUAACAUUUCGUGUAUAAAAUAACUGGACAUUCUUUAUAUACUGGAAAUAAUCUGUGAAUCCAAUAUUUCACUAAGUGUUUUAACUUUUGUGUAUAUAUCUCUCAUCAAUA